UUUCAGAACUGAAUGUAAUGGUUUCUUCUGUUUCUCAAAUCUUUCUUCAUUGAUAAACCUUCAAAUUCAGCAAUGGCAUCGAGAGAUUCACGCCUACGAGCAGCCCAGAAAGCCAUUGGCUCAAUUGGCCUGGGAUUUGACAUAACCCACGACAUAUCUUUCAACAACUGCAAGGGGGGUCCGAGUUUGAUCGUUAUCAUUGAAGAACAGAGCCGUAAUCUGGAGAUUCCAGGUGGGGUUUCAAUUCCAAACGUCCCCAUCUCCAUCAAAUGUGUCAGAGGUGAAUCUCUAAAAAUCCAUUCUGAUGUUCUUUCCUUACAGCAGAUGUUGGAGCACUUCAACGAAGAAAUGUGCUUAGGAGGUAGAACUGCGUCUGGGAAUUUCUGUGCUUCAUUUGGGAUAUCUGAUCGCUGUAUAAAAGAAUUGGAUAGCAUAAAAUCUCUUGCUUAUGAUGGAUGGUUCAUCAAACGCUAUACUAUUGAACUUGAAAAACAUCAAGGAGAACUUAAGGAUCAUGUCAAAGAAGCUGUUCCAUCAUCAUGGGACCCUGAGGCUUUGGCAAGGUUUAUAGAGGAGUUUGGAACUCAUGUUGUAGUUGGGGUGAGCAUGGGAGGAAAGGAUGUGUUAUAUUUGAGGCAAUCACAUUCAUCAAACCUCCAACCCACUGAUCUCCAAAAACUUUUGAAGGAUAAAGCUGACAUGAGGUUUAUGGGCUCUGCAGAAAAUAGUAGUUUGACUUCAGAAGACACAAGUUACAAUGGAGAGAACGUGGUUGUAAUAAGCAGUAGGAGGGGUGGAAGCACUGAGACGCUGCAUCAUAAGGAAUGGUUUGAUACUGUUGACUUGGAACCUGAUGUCAUCUCCAUGUUUCUUGUUCCAUUGACAUCCCUCUUGAGAAGCAUUCGUGGAAGUGGAUUUGUGUGCCAUGCCCUAAAUUUAUAUCUUCAAUGUAAACCUCCAAUCGAAGACCUGCAUCAGUUUUUUGAGUUUCAGCUUCCAAGACACUGGGCUCCCGUUCUCAAUGAAAUACGGCUUGGUGCUCGUUGGAAGCAACAAGUCAACACCUGGCUAACAUUUGGUUUCUUUGGUCCUAAGCUUUACAUAGACACAAUUCCAGUUGAUGUGGGUAACAGACCCGUAAUAGGCUUGAGAUUACAGUUAGAAGGGAGAAGAAGCAACCGCUUAGCAAUUCACUUGCAGCAUCUGGCUUCUCUACCAAAGUCCUUCCCACUUUCAGACAAUGAAAAUGCUUAUUUGUCAUGUAACUCUUAUAAUUGUACAUCCCAUCAGAAGGUUCGCUGGAAUAGCCUUGCAUUUGUCUGCACUGCACCAGUAGAGUCAGAUGAUGCUCUCUCCAUAGUCACUGGAGCUCAGUUACAAGUUGAGAACAAAUGCCUCUUUCUACGCCUGCGCUUCUCCAAAGUACUCGGAUCUGCUUUGCAGAAUAAACCAGAAUGGGAGUCGAAUGUCGAUAACUUGGACCACAAGCCAUUAGGAUUAUGUGGACUAUUAAUCACUAAUGAGAAACAAAAGGGUCAUCCAAAGCCAGGAGAUGUGACUAUUGGGUCAACCACGUACACAGCAGCACGGCCACUGCCUGUGCACACGCCGAAGCUUCUGAAAUUUGUUGACACGACGGAGAUGGUGAGAGGACCAAAAGAUUCACCGGGGUAUUGGGUUGUGUCUGGAGCAAGGCUUGCUGUGCAGUAUGGGAAAAUAUGUCUGAUGGUUAAGUAUUCACUCUUGAACCUUGUUAUGCAGAGUAGUGAAAAUGAAGCCUUAUAGUGUUGCUUCAGUGAAAGUGAUGCCAACACAUAUUGGUACUGCGAUGGAUGGUUUAGACUUUAGAGACAUGUAGAGUUGUGGCUUGAUUUUCAAUUUAGUCAGAGUCCUAACCAAGAAUAUGCUUUUAACAUGUAUACAAAUGGUGGUUUUCAUGUCAAAGUAUUCAUAACGUUCUUUCUCAAGUACAAAGAAAAUUUGAUGUA